GCUGUCAGCCAAUUCACGGCUGUGGCCAAGUACUCACAGGCGCGUAGAGGCCCAUCCAGACACACGCAAAAUAUUUACUUUUAAAUGCGUAACUUCUCUUAGCAGCCUCGGCCGAGAACCUGCCCGACUCGUAGCGAAUCUGACCCGGAGUCGUAGAGGCUGUGCAGGGUGAAGUCGGGGGAGACGGACAGGAAAAAAACAAAGAUGGCUGUGUAGCCAGAGAGACAAGUCCCGACAGAACUGUCUCUAGCAGCGGCUGUAUUCACCGACACGUCCCGUGAGUCCCGUGGGGGGAGUCGGCCGGUACCGGAGCAGGGAGGCAGCGAGCAGCCGAGCCGGGCCGCCGGUGCUCUUCGUUGUAAUCUGCUGUCAUAGCGAAUAACGGCGUCGAGAGUGCAACAACAGCUGAGAGAGCCCGAGUUGUUUUUGUUCUGCCUGGGCACAGGGAGAGGACUGCUGUGUUUGUGUCAACGUAGCUAGCCGCAUAGUCUGCUAGCACCACUGUAAGUCAACAAAACUAGUCGACAUUUACUGCUCCAGAUAGUCAUAAUUACACUUUGCACAUGCUCUCGUUAUUACACAACAAUUGGCUUGUUAAUAUCCAAGUUCGUGCGUGUACAGUGACAUUAAUAUUAAGUUAUCCUCCUGACAGCAUUAGCCUCUAGCUUUAGCCCUAGCUUUAGCUUUAGCUGUCAGCUGACCGUAGCUGGACAGGUUGUAAACCAGCCCGGAGCUAACCUGCUAAUAUUUCGGGCUCAGCCGUGGUCGCGGCAGGUACAUCUUAGACAUUUCAAGGCAGCCAUCGCCAUGUCUUCGCUGGAAGAGAGAGACGUGGGCGUUGCGGCCGCCCCUGGCUCCUCCUCGGCCGGCCUAGGGGUCGGGGCCGUGGGGGCAGCGGUGGAUGCUGUGGCCGGGGUCGCGGCUAUGCAGGAGGAGGUUGGGAUACGGAGAGAAGGGCCCGAGCCUGACCCGGACGAGCCACCCAAGAAGAGGGUGAAAAUACCCGAAGGAGAGUCAGGAAAGCUGGAGGAGAGACUGUACUCAGUGCUGUGCUGCACCGUGUGCCUAGACUUGCCCAAGGCGUCUGUAUACCAGUGUACCAAUGGACACCUGAUGUGCGCUGGCUGUUUUAUCCACCUCCUGGCUGAUUCUCGCCUCAAGGAGGAACAGGCCACGUGUCCCAACUGCAGGUGUGAGAUCAGCAAGAACCUGUGCUGCAGGAACCUGGCGGUGGAGAAGGCUGUCAGUGAGCUGCCGACAGAAUGUACCUUCUGCCUAAAACAGUUCCCCCGCUCCAGCUUAGAGAGACACCAGAAAGAGGAGUGCCAAGACAGGGUGACGCAGUGUAAGUACAAGAGGAUCGGCUGCCCCUGGCAAGGUCCGUUUCAUGAGCUGCCAGCACACGAGAGCGAGUGCUCUCAUCCGACCAAGACUGGUACGGAGCUGAUGGGGAUUCUGGGAGAGAUGGACCAGAGCCACCGCAGAGACAUGCAGCUCUACAACAGCAUCUUCAGUCUGCUCUGCUACGAGAAGAUCGGCUUUACAGAGGUGCAGUUCAGGCCGUACCGCACGGACGACUUCAUCACCCGCCUCUACUACGAAACACCGCGAUUCACUGUCCUCAACCAGACGUGGGUGCUGAAGGCCCGCGUGAACGACUCCGAGCGCAACCCCAACCUCUCCUGCAAGCGCACCCUCUCCUUCCAGCUCAUCCUCAAGAGCAAGGUGAACUCUGCCCUCGAGUGCUCCUUCCUGCUGCUGAAGGGGCCGUACGACGACGUGCGGAUCAAGCCCGUCAUCCACCACCACUCCUUCAGCAACGACACCAACGAGACCGACUACGUCCCCCUGCCCAUCUCCGACUCGGUGGAGUGCAACAAACUGCUGGCGGCCAAAAACAUCAACCUGCGCCUGUUCAUCUUCCAAGUCCAAAAAUAAGGCGAGCGGGAGAAGAAGAGGAGGAGGAGGAGGAGGAGGAGGAAGAAGGAAGAAGAUGGAAGAUGGAAAGGACGAGCGGGGUGAUGGAAGGCGAGGGUCAGAGAGAGGGUGUGAUGAUUAAAGAGAGACGCCACUGAACCAUUGAUACCUCUUAACACCUACACACACCCAAAUACACACAAGCACACACUUCACGCAGGGUUUCCCCACACACACACACACACACACACACACACACACACACACACCACUAAUUACACUUACCUCCUUUUACAAGAUAGUGAGACCCCUUGCUCGGGAAAGCUGUGAGUUGCUAUGGAGAUGGGUGGGCAUUGAUAUGGGACGGAGGGUCGGGGGUGAACGCUGCAGAGGCACGGAUGUGGUGGUGGGUUGGGGGGGGAAGGGGGGUGGUUGGCGUGUACCUGUGGUUUGUGACCGACGUUUCAUCUCUGACACACACGCACCAACCAAAGCAGGGACCGCCGGGUGUGUGUGUGUGUGUGUGUGUGUGUGUUUUUAAGAGAGAGUGGACGGACUUUCUUGUCCCAAAGACGUGAUAAUGUGAAACUAGAGCGACCGACUCUACUGAGCUGUUCUUUGUCCGUGUGAAUGGAGGCGGAGAGAGCGUGAGCGCGUGUCUGCCCCCCUCCCUCUACACGCUUGGUGCCCGAGAAUUGGCAGAAGAGCGACGGCAUCUCACCUUAACCCCCCCCCCCGCACCCUCACCCCCCCGCUACCCCUCACUUUUUAAUCAAGAGGAGAGACGGCCUGGCUGCAUGCUUUUUUUUUAUUUCUUCGACCUAUUCCUCCAGCUGUGGUUAUAGCUAACCUUCAACACUAACACCGUUUUUAUUUCUCUUAACCCUGAAUAUUUAAGUACCUGUGAACUACUUUUUCUUUUCUUUUUUUUCUUCCCUUCCUCCCUUUCGCCGAGUUUUUAUAGCGCGUGAACGGCUGCCUGCGUAUGUGUGCGUGAACAGAGACACGUUUGCGAACGGAAGAACAAUCGUCGAAAGGACGAGGCGAGCGGGGCCCAGACCUCCAGCGAGUGAACCCGCACCCACCGUCAGUUGCUUUCUGGUAAUUUGAUUACUUUUAAGACUGUAAAGUGGAUCUUGUAUUCUUGGAUAUAAUGUUUGUAGUUUUAACACAUUCAUUUGAUUAGUUUUAGCUCAUUUUAUAAUGACAUUUUAAAGAAAAAAAAUACUUUUUGCUUUGAUAAAAAGGCAUGUUUUAAAUUAGUUUUUUGACUUCAAAUUAAUCAAACCAAGUCAAACGCAUCUCCGAAUAUCAGUAUUUAUUUAUUAUUUUUUUUUUCUUGAAUCAAAUUACCACAAACUAAUUGAUGGGGUGAUGCAGCAUCAUAAUACUGCUUGUCUUCACAAUAAAGUCAGAGUCGUCCUCUCGGAGAUCAGCCCCCCCCUCCCUUUACGAGGACUCUUGAUGGUGAUGGAUGGCAGGGGGUUGCAAUGAGGGGGUUUCAUCUUACAAAAAAAAAAUAAAAAAUAAAAAUUGUGUUAGAAUUACUUGAAUGAAAACGAGAAGAUGUUACUUAAGUAGAUUCUACUGUAAAGCAGAUAGAUCUCUCUCCUCCUGACCUCUACUUCCUGUAUUUCUGUGUUUUAAUGCUUUGUCUCUAUGCCGGUGGACUCACUCAUCUCACUAUGGCUGUACAUGUGCCUUUUAUUAAAGUUCAUGGAACCUGC